GCUCUCUCUGCUCUCUGACCCCAGUGGCUGCUCCGACUCACUGCACUCCGGCUCCCCCUCCGUCACACCGAGGCUGCUCUCCCUCUCUCUCCCCCCUCUCUCUCUCGCUCUCUCUCUCUCUCUCUGCCUGUUGUCUGUCAGUGUCUCUCGCCCUCCUCUCAGGCUCUCUCCCCCUUCGCUCUCUUGUCUGGUUUCUUUCCACAGGAGCCAGCCGAGGUCCCGCCGGGUCGAAGGUUCUGCCCUAUCCGCCCAAACUGCCGCAACCUCCGGACAGCGAACGUUCGAACCUGCCCGCCUGCCGCAUGGACCCGCGUCUCUCAGCCGCCGCCGCUGCUGCUGCUUCUGCCGCCGCCGCCGCGUAGAGGGCGACCCUGACCCGACACUCUUCCUUCGGCCAAGAUAAAAAACGCACAAAAAAAGCCCCACACGACGAAGACUGCAGUGUGUCAGGGUCGAGUUGGUCGGCUGGGUCGCUGCUCCUCCUGCUCCUGCCGCUGCUGCUCCCGCUGCUGCUGCUGCCGCUGCUGUUGGGAGACUUCCUGGACUUCUUAAAGCGGCUCUGAAGGAUGACCGCUGCACGGCUCGCUGCUGAAUCCCGGUGAACGAACGGCGUCUCAUGUCCAAACGGUGGAAGGAUGGCUCAUGGCAAAACGACCAUCACGGUGGACGAGUACAGCUCCAACCCCACACAGGCCUUCACACACUACAACAUCAACCAGAGCCGCUUCCAGCCUCCACACGUCCACAUGGUGGACCCCAUCCCGUAUGACACUCCCAAACCAGCGGGACACACCAGGUUUGUGUGCGUGUCAGACACGCACUCGCGCACAGACGGCAUCCAGAUGCCCUACGGCGACGUGCUCCUGCACAUGGGCGACUUCACCGAGCUGGGCCUGCCCUCCGAGGUUAAGAAGUUCAACGACUGGCUAGGUGGCCUCCCGUACGAGUUUAAGGUGGUGAUCGCCGGAAACCACGAGCUGACCUUCGAUAAGGACUUUAUGGCUGAGCUGGUCAAGCAGGAUUACUACCGAUUCCCCUCAGUGUCCAAACUCAAACCCGAGGACUUUGACAAUGUCCAGUCGCUGCUCACAAACUGUGUGUACCUGCAGGACUCGGACGUCACCAUAAAGGGAUUCCGGAUAUACGGAGCGCCAUGGACUCCGUGGUUUAAUGGCUGGGGGUUCAACCUGCCUCGCGGUCAGUCUCUGCUCGAUAAGUGGAACCUGGUCCCUGAAGGCAUCGACAUCCUGAUGACCCACGGACCUCCGCUCGGUUUUAGAGACUGGGUUCCUAAAGAGUUGCAGCGGGUCGGCUGUGUGGAGCUUCUCAACACGGUCCAAAAGAGAGUGAGACCCAAACUUCACGCCUUUGGAGGCAUUCAUGAAGGCUACGGGAUCAUGACAGACGGCUACACGACGUUCAUCAACGCAUCGACCUGCACCGUCAGCUUCCAGCCCACCAACCCCCCCAUCGUGUUCGACCUGCCCAACCCCUCCAGCUCCUGAGACCAGAGGAGGGGGGGACAGAGGGGAGGGGCUAACAGGGCAGGAUAAACAACGUUUUUUCUAUAAAUAUGUCAAGUUUAUAAAAAAAAUUCUAAGUGUUUCUUUGCAGACUUUUGGUCUUCUCUAAGCUGUUGUUGAGGUUGAGAAGAUUUGGAGACUUUGGGGUGGGGGAGGGGAGAUCGUGUGGGAGGGUUAAGGAGAAUACCAGUGUUUUAAUUCAGAUUUUUGUGCCAACGGUGAACAUUCAUCUCUCAUAUUUAGGUUCUCCUACACAGACAUGCCUGGGAUUGUUACUGAAGAAUGUUUAACCUUUUUCAGUCUAAAACUAAUGUUUUAUUUCCUGAUUUUUUUUCUGUGCAAACUAGAUUGAUAAAAACAUGAUGCUUUUCUUUACAUGUAGAUUUUUUGUUUUUCUCCUAACUGGAGGAAACAAAAACAUCUGGUUACUUCUGCAACCAGAGUCAACCGAGAAGUGGGCGUUUGCCGGUGGGCUCUGUGAUAAUGAAAGUUGCCCCACAAACAUUAUCUGCUCCACGAUCAGCCAAUAGAAAAAUCAGCUGCAGUAGCCAGGUAUAAAUCUAAGAAUGGCUGCACACUUGAUGGUUUUUAAAUCUCAAACUUGAAAACAUAAGAGACCUUUGACAUGAGGACAGUUUAAACGUAAUCCUCUAAAUGCAGGAUGCAGCCAGAUGAUGAGACCACAGGGCUUCUGUUGUCCACAGACAUGAGAUCUCACAGAAACUCGUGUGAUAAAACGUGACUUCAGAAGGAAACAAAUAUGGUGUGAGUUCUGUUUUGCAGUAAGAAAAAAAAAAUAGAUUCUGUCUGAGAAGCAAAAUAGUUUUGGGCUUAAAGUGUAGCCAGUCCAACACAUUCAAAUACUUGGUACUCAGACGUCAAGAUUUGGACCCAAAUUUAUCAACACUAUUUGAUACCUGUAUGCAUACUGUAGGUUUACAGGAAGAAAAAGAGGUCUGAAGGUUUAGUUACCUUUG